AUGGAGCUCUCCAACGGCACGGCGGCGGCCGGCUUCAACGAGCCGACCGGGUCCCCAACCCCGCCGCCCUCGGGGUCCCCGGCGGCGACGGCCAGCCUGGGCUAUCAGCUGGCCACGUCUGUAGUGCUGGGCGCGCUGAUUCUCUUCGCGGUGUUGGGCAACGCGUGCGUGAUCGCGGCCAUCGCCCUGGAGCGCUCCCUGCAGACGGUAGCCAACUACCUGAUCGGCUCGCUGGCCGUCACCGACCUGAUGGUGUCGGUGCUGGUGCUGCCCAUGGCCGCCCUCUACCAAGUGCUUGGCAAGUGGACGCUGGGCCAGGCGAUGUGCGACCUCUUCAUUGCGCUCGACGUGCUGUGCUGCACCUCGUCCAUCUUGCACCUGUGCGCCAUCGCCCUGGACCGCUACUGGGCCAUCACCGACCCCAUCGACUACGUCAACAAGCGGACGCCCCGCCGGGCCGCCGCCCUCAUCAGCCUCACCUGGCUGAUCGGUUUCCUUAUCUCCAUCCCGCCCAUGCUGGGCUGGCGAACGCCCGAGGACCGCUCCGACCCCAACGCCUGCACCAUCAGCAAGGACCCGGGCUACACCAUCUACUCCACCUUCGGCGCCUUCUACAUACCCUUGUUGCUCAUGCUGGUCCUCUACGGGCGCAUCUUCAAGGCGGCCCGCUUCCGCAUCCGAAAGACGGUACGCAAAGCAGACAAGAAACAGCCGCCCUUGCAGCCCGCAGAGCCGGUGGAAAAGGUGGCCGACACUUGCCUUUCCCACUCGCCGGCCAGACGCACCAACGGCGGUCCCCAGCAGGAGCAGCGGCGGCAGCAGCAGCAGCAGGCGGCAGCGGCGGCCAAGGGCAGGAGGAGCGCGGCGGAAGCCAAGGGGGCGCCCUGCGUCAACGGGGCCCUCCGGCCGGGCGAAGGCGGCUGGGUGGCCGCCUCGGCCCUGGAGCUGCGAGAGGUGACGCCGUCCAACCCGGGCAAGAGCCUCAUGCUGCCCCUGCCCAACCACCCUCUCCCCGACGCCGCCUCGCCGGCCCCCGAGCGCAAGAACGAGGCCAAGAGCGCCGAGGCGAAGCGCAAGAUGGCCUUGGCCCGCGAGCGAAAGACGGUCAAGACGCUGGGCAUCAUCAUGGGCACCUUCAUCCUCUGCUGGCUGCCCUUCUUCAUCGUGGCGCUGGUGCUGCCCUUCUGCGAGGUCGGCUGUUCCAUGCCGGUGUGGCUGGGCGCCGUCAUCAAUUGGCUGGGCUACUCCAACUCGCUGCUCAACCCGGUCAUCUACGCCUACUUCAACAAGGAUUUCCAAAGUGCUUUCCAGAAGAUCGUCAGGUGCAAGUUUUGCCUGCCCUGA